AUGGAAGUAAGUGAGGAAGUAUUUCGACCACGUUUAAUAGACACUACUGAAUAUGUGAAAGCAAGAUUAGAUCAAAUUGCCGAGCUGUUAGAGGUUGUAAGUAGCAAUGCCGGCGGUGACGAAAGCACAUCUGCACCCAGAACCCUUUUCCAAAGAUUGCCGAGACAUAUGAGGAGAAGAGCAAUGUCACACAAUGUAAAACGUUUGCCAAGGCUUUUUAGGCCUGUUGAUGUUAAUUUAAAUAAGAAAAAGAAGAAAAAGAUGCCUAGUCGUAUUUGGAGGAGAAGAGCUUCUAGGCUUAUUAGACGUAGCAUGGUAGAGAAUUCAAAACCUCGUUGGUUAUCUACACAUAUUUGGCAUGCUAAACGAUUUCAUAUGGAAGCAAUUUGGGGAUUUAAAUUAGCUGCUAAAUGUUGUCAAAAAACUUUUAGACCAAACUAUCGUUCUUCGCUUUCUUCUUCAAUGUAUUUUUUAAUUUUCUUAAGUUAUUCAAGGGCAAUUUUUAUAACAGAUCGAAGUUAUUUAACUUGUUUGCAAUUCACUUUAACUAAAAAUACUUCAAUUUCAUUCAUUUCAAAUUUAUUAUCAAAAUUUUGUCAAAAGAAAUGUUCUCCAACUUUUAAUAAUUUAUUUGCUAUUUCUGGUAAUUUUGAAAUAUCUCUGCUUCUUUUUAAACCUGGUGACGAUUUUAAUGGAUUUAUUGGUCCUUGUCGAUUUUCUUGGUUUUUACCUAAUAAAUUAAAUUUAUGGAUUCACCCUUCAAUUGAGCUUGAUUUUUUAAAAGAAAUUUCUUUAUUAAAUGAAAUUAAAAUUAUUUCUCCUUCAAAAUAUUGUAACAAUACAGCAGAGAAGAUUGAGGCUUCUAUUGAGUUGAAUGUUUUAAAAAAUAAAAUUAGUCGUUUUCAAUUAAUUGGGCCCAAAUCUUUAAUUUAUUUAAACUUUGUUUUUAAACUUGUUUUGGAUGAAGAAUUGGAUAUUUUGGAUUGUUCUGAUUACAGAGAUAUUCACAAUUGGUGGCGUUUAUUUGCAACAAAAAUAGUCUCAAAUUCUUCUCUUCAAUCUGGCACUUUAAUUAAUUUACUUGUAGAAGAUCCACGUUUAUUUCGUGCUCAACGUUCUUUAAAUAAUAAAUUUAUUGAAGAAAAUAAUGAAAUUAAUUAUUCAAAUAUUCCUUUACCUCCUUCAAAUAAUUCAAAAAAUUUAAAAAUAAAUUUAUGGAAUUGGAAAGAAUUUGAAGAUGAAAUGCUUCCAAAGAGAUUGACAAAUUCUGAUUUUGAAAAGAUUUGUGUGGGAAAAUUGGUUUUGCCUAGCCGGACAGAUUUUAAGGUUCCAAUAGUCCUUAUCCUUCAUUUACCCCAAAAAUGUAAAAAUUAUCUUGGAGGAUUUCGAGUUGAUUUUUUAUGCCCAACACAAGUUAGCUAUGAUUUUUGGUUAGCUUUUCAAUUUGCAAAAUGUCGAGCAAUUGGAUUAAAAAAUUGGGAACAUUUAAAUUUUGAAAAUGGUUUGGUAAAUUUCCCAAAUGAAUUUGUAGAUUCUUUUGCUGGGAAAAGAAAAUUGAAAGAAGAAGUUGAAUUAAUUGAGAAAAAUUCCAAAAAAUCUCACAAAUGUAGACUUGCUUUUAUUAAAUUACAAAAAUGUUUAAAAUUAAUUAAUUUAAUGGACAAUAAUUUAUUUGUAUUAAAAGAAAGAUUAUUACUUAAACAAAUUGAUUAUUGGCUAAAAAAUAGAGAAAGAAGAAGAAGAAAUGAUGAUGAUAAUGAAUGGAUAAAUGUAGAAGAAAAUUUAAUCAACAAUUCAAAACACUGUUUUGUAGCAAUUUAUCUAAAAAUGUUGUCAAAAGGCAUUCCAAAAAAAUUUUCAUUAAUUUAUACAACUGACAAUUAUAUUUUGAAAAAAGAAUCUGAAAAUUUUAAAAAAUUUAAAGAAAUUGAAAAUGAGGAGGAGAAAAUUGAAGGAGAAUUUUUAGUAGAACAGAAUGGAUACAAAAAUAAAAAGGAAAUUGUUGGCGGUUUUUUACCACUUUUGGAAGAAAAUUUGUCUAAUGGAAUUUUUAGUAAUGAAUUGGAAAAUAAACCUUUUGAUAAACAAAUAAAUUUAAAAAAUUUAUUUCCUCAAAAUUUAAAUAAAAAAGAAUUAAAAACAUUGAGAAAUAAAAGAAAAAAAGAGAAGAAAAAGAGGAAAAAGAAAAUUGAAGAAGAAAAAAAUGGAUUGAAGGAGGGAUGUUUGAUUAUUGAGGAAGAAAAAGAAAAAAUUGAUGACACGAGACAAUCACCAAUUGGUUUUAUUAUUAAUGGAAAUUAUUCUUUCAUUGAAGCUAGAGGAAUUGCUUUAGGAUACGCUUUAUUAUCUUCCCUUAAAUCAAUCAACACAGACAGAAUUGUUUUUGUACAAAACACUGAAGAAAACUUUUACAAAGCAAUUAUUGAAAUUAAUUUUUCGAUUGCAGAAAUUUAAAAAGUUAUUGGAAGGAAGGGGGAAAGGGGAAGAAAUAUCCCCCCCUCCUCCCCCACACACACAGAUUUUGUAGGGAAAAACUAUUUUAAAAUAUAUCCCUAGAAUAACAAUCAAAGCUUUUUUACCAAAUUUUUAUUUUUACAAGAAAAAAUUUUAAGGUCAAUCAAAAUAAAUAUGUUUUGUUGUUGUUCACAUUUUUUAGAGGAAACAUUUUUUAAAAGGAUAUAGAUAGAUUAUAGAAUAAUAAGGGUAAAAUAAAAUCCAAAAACAGUUUUUUUGUGUUUAUAAUUUUCGAAAAAAGGUAAUCUGCUGGUGUAAAAUUUCAUUAAAAAUAAUAAUUUUUUGAGACCCCCACUAUAAGACUACCACUACAGAUCUUAUAAUUGUUCCUCGAUGAAAGGAGGAGGAAGGGGCGUAUCUCAAAUUAGGGUAUAUUAGACGGCCCUUUGACCCUUCGCCGCUGACUUAAAUUUUUGAAAUUUUUUCUUCGCAAAAUCCACAAAGUUCGGUGCUCCCAACCGGUGACAUCCCUGUGGUAUCGCUGACAGCUCCCUUUUUCCCUAUGGCCCACCAAAUUUUAGAAAAACGUAUCAUAAACUAUGGGAGUCUUAUAGCAAGGUUUUUUUCA